AUGAAGAAGGACUCCACUGAUAAAGAAGAGAGGCAGGACGAAAGCGUCGCCAUGUCGCCGGAGGAGAUCAGCCGAUACCGUGCGGCGGCGCAGCAGAAUUCUAUCGAGGCCAUCCGCGCGGCGGAGGAGCGGUACGCCAAGGCGAAGGAGUCUGGCGCUGGGGCGCUCCACGACACCAAGGAGACAGUCGCCCACGCCGUCGGGGCCACCGCCGCCUAUGCCGCCGACAAGGGCAACGAAGCAAAGGCGGUUGCCGCACACGGAGCGCACGUGGCUGGCGAGAAGGCUAUGGCCGCGAAAGACGUGGCGGCCGAGAAGGCCCGACAAGCUGGCGUGAGGGCGAAGGUUGUUACGGUCAGCGCUGGACAGACAGCGAAAGAGUACGCAACGCAGGCUGCAGAGAAGGCGAAGGACGUGACGGUCGGCGCCGGAGAGACUGCAGCGGAUUACGCGAGGCAGACAGUGGUGAAAGCGAAGGAUGUUACGGUGACCACCGGUGAGAUGACUGCCGAGUACGCAAAGCAGGCGGCGGUGAAGGCGAAGGAUAUUACGGUGAGCACGGGCGGUACUGCUGCGGAGUACGCGAAAAAGGCCGCGGAGAAGACGAAGGAUGCAACGUUAUGUGCGGGCGAAAAGGCAGCGGAUUACGCACAGGAGAAGCUGGCGGGGGCGAAGGGGUACACGAGCGAGAAGGCCGGGGAGGCGAAGGAGGCAGCAACUGACACAGGACGUAAGGCGAUGGAGUACACAAAGGAGAAGGCGGGGGAGGGGACCGACGCGGCAAAGGAAGCAGGACAGAAGGCGACGGAGUUCACGGGGGAGAAGGCGGAAAAGGCAAAGGAGACGACCGCGGAGGCAGCGCAGGGAAUGAGGGAGUACGCCACGGCGAAAGCCGCGGAGGCGAAGGAGGCGGCGAGAGGUGCCGGCGAUAAAGCCAAGGAAACUGCUGCUGAGGCGAAGGAGAAAGCACUUGAGAAAGCGGAGGAAGCGAAGGAGGCUGCUAAAAGUGCUGGUGAAAGAGCGAAAGGAAAGGCGGAAGAGGGUGGUCAACAAGCUAAGGAGUAUGGUGUAGAGAAACGUGAUCAAACUAAGGUAUGCAGGGUCAAAAAUCCUAGAAGAAGCCCACUGUAA